AUGAAGCUAUCUAUCACCUCCUCGGUCCUCGUUGCCCUCGCUGGCAUGGGGUCUCUUAUCCCUGCUGUCGCCGCUAUCGACUUCACCGCCGAUGUUACCUUCAAGAGUGAAAAUGAGAUCGUGGACACCCCCGAGUCUCUUGCCAUCUUGCAGGACGCCCUCAUCAUGGCUUCUGAUGCCUCUCACGAUCCAGAUGUCUUCCAUCUGGAAAGUGACGAGAUCGUUUCUUCCUCCCACACUCUCGUGAAGGAGGGCGGAAGAAAGCUCAUCUUCGACGACGAUUUCGACAGCGGAAACUUUUGGUUCUACGCCAACUUUUACCGAAGCUUCACCAGCGCUAGAUGCAAUGGUUGCCGUCGCCGUCUUGGCGCCGGUCCUGCUACCUUUGAGGAUGAUGCCGUGUCUCAUGCGAAAUGGGAGGCUUCUCUCUGCGAGAUUCUGGCCAAGACUGAUGCUUACGCCGGUGUCUCCGAUUGCGUCAUCUCCUUUGCCGCUCCUGCUGUUGCUGCCGUCGCCAAGGAGGCAAAAGACACCGCAGAAUUCCUCAUCGAUAUCAGCUUCAACAGCAAUGGGCAAGUCUAUGACAGUAAAGCAUCUCUCAAAGCGAUUGAGAAAGCCCUGCUCAAGGCUGCUGGUGCUUCUCACGAUCCCGAUACCUUCCAUUUGGAAAGUGACGAGAUCGUCUCUUCCUCCCACACUCUUAUCGAGAAGGAGGGCGGAAGAAAGCUCCUCUUCGACGACGAUUUCGACAGCGGCAACUUCUGGUUCUACGCCAACUUUUACCGAAGCUUCACCAGCGCUAGAUGCAAUGGUUGCCGUCGCCGUCUUGGGGCCGGCCCUGCUACCAUCGAGGAUGAUGCCGAGUCUCAUGCCAAAUGGGAAGCUGCCUUUUGUGAGCUUCUUAAUGGCAUCAAGGGAUACGAGGGCGCAACUGACUGCGUCAUUACACUCGUCGAAGAUGAAUCCGCCUAA